ACGUUACGUUAGCUAACCGACUUUUAUUUGCCUCGUUAAAAAACUCGACUCAAUUUGGGGAUUAGGGUUAGGGUUCGAAAAAUUAAUUGCAGCAGUUCCUUCCGAUCUCAUCCACAUGCCGUGCUUCACGGCAACUCCGUCCUACCUCUUAACCCUGUUUCUCCUCUUCUUUUAUUUCUCUCCACAGAUCGCACAAUCUUCUCCAGAUAAUUCAAGAUCUAUCCGUUUACCUUCCGAUGGAUUCACCAUCGCCGACGAUAACGAAGGCGUCUGCGCUCGAUUCACCAAGCCGGCAUCGUGUCCGGUCACUUGCUUCCGAACGGAGCCCGUUUGUGGCGUCGACGGCAUAACAUAUUGGUGCGGUUGCGCGGAUGCCUACUGUGCCGGCACUCGCGUGGCGAAAUCAGGAUUUUGUGAAGUUGGAAAUGGAGGUAGCGCGUCGGUUCCUGGUCAAGCGUUGCUUUUGGUUCACAUUGUUUGGCUGAUCUUGCUCGGUUUCUUUGUAUUGUGCGGUCUUUUCUAAUCAUUCAAAGGUGAGAGCUUUUGUGUUUGAUUUUUAAAAUUGAUUCGAUCUGUAUUUCUUUUGUCUACUAUUUGUAAAUCAAAUUCUUUGGAUUGUGUACCAAUUUGAUUCUUUUUUAGAAAAAUCUUUAUCCAUUUCAUUGAGGAAA